GUCACACUGACCUGCACCAUCUCUCGACGGCUCGUGGGGUUUCUGUCAACUAGUACUGAAGGCAAGAAAACUCGUUGGAAAAUAACAUUUUACUGUGGUCAUGCCAGAACCCACUAAGAAAGAGGAAUGGUCUCUAGGAGAAUCACCUGCCACGGAGGAACAAAACAAGCAGAAUGCCAAUUCUCAGUUGUCCACCCUGUUAAUUGAGAAACCUCAAUCAGGAUCAGUCAAAGUCGGUGGAAAUAUUACCUUCAUAGCCAAAGUCAAGGCUGAAGAUCUUCUUAGAAAGCCCACUAUCAAAUGGUUCAAAGGGAAAUGGAUGGACCUGGCCAGCAAGGCUGGGAAGCACCUGCAGCUGAAGGAAACUUUUGAAAGGCAAUCUCGGGUGUAUACAUUUGAGAUGCAGAUCAUUCAAGCCAAAGAGAACUAUGCAGGAAACUACAGAUGCGAGGUCACCUAUAAGGAUAAGUUUGACAGCUGUACAUUCGAUCUUGAAGUGCAUGAAUCCACUGGGAUGACUCCAAACAUUGACAUCAGAUCUGCUUUCAAAAGAAGUGGUGAAGGUCAAGAGGAUGCAGGGGAACUUGACUUUAGUGGUCUCCUGAAACGUAGGGAAGUGAAGCAGCAGGAGGAGGAACCCGAGGUAGACGUGUGGGAGCUGCUGAAGAAUGCGAACCCUAACGAAUACGAGAAGAUUGCCUUCCAGUACGGUAUCACCGACCUGCGCGGCAUGCUCAAGCGGCUCAAGCGCAUGCGCAGGGUGGAGAAGAAGAGCGCCGCUUUUUCAAAAAUUCUUGAUCCUGCUUACCAAGUUGAUAAAGGAGGCAGGGUAAGGUUUGCUGUGGAACUGGCAGAUCCAAAAUUGGAGGUGAAGUGGUAUAAAAAUGGUCAAGAAAUUCGACCCAGUACAAAAUACAUCUUUGAACACAAAGGAUGUGAAAGAAUCAUGUUUAUCAAUAACUGUUCACUGACAGAUGAUGCAGAAUACUAUGUGACGGCUGGCGAUGAGAAAUGUUCCACUGAGCUCUUUGUAAGAGAGCCUCCAGUUCUAGUGACCAAACAGCUGGAAGAUACAAAUACGUACUGUGGGGAGAGAGUGGAAUUAGAAUGUGAGGUGUCUGAAGACGAUGCCAAUGUGAAAUGGUUUAAGAAUGGUGAGGAGAUCUACCUUGGUCCCAAAUCAAGAUACCGAGUUAAAGUUGAAGGCAAAAAGCACACAUUGAUCAUAGAAGGAGCGACAAAGGCUGACACUGCAGAAUAUUCAGUGAUGACAACAGGGGGACAAUCAUCUGCUAAACUGAGUGUUGACUUGAAACCUCUGAAGAUACUGACUCCUCUGACUGAUCAAACUGUAAAGCUUGGAAAAGAAAUCUGCUUGAAGUGUGAAAUCUCUGAAAACAUCUCAGGAAAAUGGACUAAAAAUGGCCUACCUGUUCAGGAGAGUGACCGUCUAAAGGUUAUUCACAAAGGAAGAAUCCACAAGUUAGUAAUAGCGAGUUCCCUCGUUGAGGAUGAAGGUGAUUAUGUGUUUGCACCAGAUGCCUACUCUGUUACUUUGCCUGCCAGAGUUCAUGUUGUUGACCCUCCUAAGAUCAUCCUGGAUGGUCUUGACGCUGAUAACACAGUGACAGUAAUUGCAGGAAACAAGCUUCGUCUUGAGAUCCCAAUCUCUGGAGAACCACCUCCUAAAGCCCUUUGGAGCCGAGCAGAUAAGGCUAUUAUGGAGGGCAGUGGCCGGAUAAGAGCAGAAUCUUACCCAGACAGCAGUAGUCUGGUCAUUGACAUAGCCGAAAGGGACGACUCGGGUGUUUACCACAUAAAUCUGAAAAAUGAAGCCGGAGAAGCACAUGCAAGCAUCAAGAUUAAAGUUGUGGACAUCCCUGAUCCUCCAGUGGCACCCAGUGUGACAGAAGUAGGAGAUGAUUGGUGCAUCAUGAACUGGGAGCCUCCUGUUUAUGAUGGGGGGUCUCCAAUCUUAGGAUACUUUAUUGAGAGAAAAAAGAAACAAAGCUCCAGGUGGAUGAGGCUGAAUUUUGAUCUCUGCAAAGAAACAACUUUUGAACCUAAGAAGAUGAUUGAAGGUGUGGCCUACGAGGUCCGCAUCUUUGCUGUCAACGCAGUUGGCAUCUCCAAGCCCAGUAUGCCCUCCAGGCCUUUUGUUCCUUUGGCUGUAACCAGCCCUCCCACUCUUCUGGCUGUUGACUCUGUAACUGACACCACUGUCACAAUGAAAUGGCGGCCCCCAGACCAGAUUGGAGCAGCAGGUUUAGAUGGCUAUAUACUAGAGUAUUGCUUUGAAGGAAGUACAUCAGCAAAACAGUCUAAUGAAAAUGGGGAGGCUGCGUUUGACCUACCAGGUGAGAACUGGAUAACUGCAAACACAGAUCUGAUUGAAAAGACCAAGUUCACCAUCAAAGAUCUGCCCACGGAUUCAAGGAUCUUUGUGCGUGUGAAGGCUGUGAACAAGGCUGGUGCCAGCGAGCCCAAGUACUACUCACAGCCCAUUCUCGUAAAGGAAAUCAUAGAGGCUCCAAAGAUUCGCAUCCCAAGGCACCUGAAGCAAACCUACAUCCGCAGAGUUGGAGAAGCUGUCAAUCUGGUUAUACCUUUCCAGGGAAAACCAAGACCAGAAUUAAGUUGGAAGAAGGAUGGUGCAGAAAUUGAUAAGAAUCAUGUAAAUAUUCGCAACUCUGAGACAGAUACAAUCAUAUUUAUCAGGAAAGCAGAGAGGAGCCACUCUGGGAAAUAUGAUCUGCAAGUCAAAGUGGAAAAAUAUGUGGAAAGUGCGACAAUAGACAUCCAGAUCGUUGACCGUCCUGGCCCACCCCAAGUUGUGAAGAUUGAUGAUGUCUGGGGCGAGAAUGUUGCUCUCUCGUGGACACCACCAAAGGAUGAUGGGAAUGCUGCCAUCACGGGGUACACAAUCCAGAAGGCCGACAAGAAGAGCAUGGAAUGGUUCACUGUCAUUGAACAUUAUCACCGAACCAAUGCCACCAUUACUGAACUGGUAAUAGGAAAUGAGUACUACUUCCGGGUCUUUUCUGAAAAUAUGUGUGGCCUCAGUGAGGAUGCAACGAUGACUAAAGAGAGCGCCGUGAUUGCCAAGGACGGUAAAAUCUACAAAAACCCAGUGUAUGAGGACUUCGAUUUCACUGAGGCGCCCAUGUUUACUCAGCCCUUGGUUAACACCUACGCUGUAGCUGGUUACAACGCCACCCUGAACUGCAGCGUGAGAGGAAAUCCUAAGCCCAAAAUAACUUGGAUGAAGAACAAAGUGGCUAUUGUGGAUGAUCCACGAUACAGGAUGUUCAGCAACCAGGGGGUUUGCACCCUGGAGAUCCGCAAGCCCAGCCCCUAUGAUGGGGGCACCUACAGCUGCAAAGCCGUCAAUGAGCUGGGGACCGCGGAGAUGGAAUGCAAACUGGAAGUGAAAGUGAUAUAUCAAGGAGUAAAUACCCCUGGACAACCAAUCUUCCUGGAGGGGCAACAACAGGUGGGCUUUCCUUCUGCAGGCUCCUCUUGCAAGGCGUGCCUCCUAACAUAA